AGUUCACACCUUCUCUCGUCGGAGAAAAAAGAAAGAGGGGGGGAAAACCCCAACAGGGCGGGGAGAGAGAUGCCGGAGCUUCCGGAAGUGGAGGCGGCGCGGCGGGCGCUCCAGGAACACUGCGUCGGGAAGAGGAUAGUGCGGUGCGCCGCCGCGGACGACACCAAGGUCAUCGAUGGCGUCGCCCGGGACCGGCUGGAGUCGGCGCUGGUUGGGAGGGCCAUCACCGCGGCGCGGCGCAAGGGCAAGAACUUGUGGCUCGAGCUCGACUCCCCGCCGCAUCCCACCUUCCAGUUUGGGAUGGCUGGAGCUAUUUACAUCAAAGGUGUGGAGCUGAGCAAAUAUAAGAGGUCUGCAGUGGGCCCAACUGAGGAAUGGCCCUCGAAGUACUCCAAGCUUUUUGUUCAAAUGGAUGAUGGUUUGGAGUUUUCCUUUACUGACAAGAGGCGUUUUGCUAAAAUACGAUUGGUUGACAAUCCAGAAGCUGUCCCUCCAAUUUCUGAGCUUGGACCUGAUGCCUUAUUUGAACCAAUGAAGCUUGAUGAUUUCAUGAAACCAUUAGGUCGAAAGAAUGUGCCAAUAAAAUCCCUUUUACUUGAUCAGAGCUUUAUAUCAGGAAUUGGCAACUGGAUUGCAGAUGAAGUGCUUUAUCAGGCAAGGAUUCAUCCUAUGCAAACUGCAUCGAAGAUAUCAAAAGACAAGUGUGCUACACUCCUGUGCAUUAAAGAGGUUAUUGAUAAGUCCUUAGAAGUUGGUGCUGAUAGCAGUCAGUUUCCAGAAAACUGGAUAUUUCAUUCUAGGGAGAAGAAACCUGGCAAAGCCUUUGUGGAUGGGAAGAAAAUUGACUUCAUUACAGUAGGUGGUAGGACUUCAGCGUAUGUGCCAGAGUUACAGAAGCUAGAUGGGGCGGAUGCGGCAACAAGCAGAUCUAAGAGAAGCGAAGACAAGGACAUUGAUGAUGAUCAAAAGUCGAGAAAAGGUAUAAAUGCUCCAAAACCAGCAAAGGGAAGAGUGAAGGUGGCAAAAGGUCUGUCAGGCAAAGCUGCUAAUGCUAGUGAUGAUGGCGAUGAGGAGGAAGAGGGAAAACCAGCAAAGCGCGGAAGGAAGCAAUCGGCAAGGGAAGCUAAUGUCUCAACUAAAAAUGCUGGCAGUAUUGUGGGCGAUGAAGCUGCUGAUCAGGAUCAAGAGGCUGAGGAAGAUGCAAAACCAGCAAAGAGGGGAAGGAAGCAGAUAGAGAAGACCGCCAAGGGCUCGUUGAAGGAAGCUGGUCAUGAGGACGAUGACGAAGAAGCAGAUGAUAAGAUAGAGGCAAAACCAGGGAAGAGGAGGGGGCAGAAGAUGCAACGAACUGAGGCGAAGAGCAGCUCGCCUAACAAAGUUGAAGAUGCUGGCCCAGCAAGGAGGCCGCAGAGGAAAGCGCGGCAGACUUAAGCCUGCAAGGAAUUGAACAAUCUAUUUUGCAGUUAGAUUUUGGACUGGCUUUUAGUUUUAGUUAACUAGGGUGUGGUGCAUGAUAUUGCAUCAGCUGUUGCCACCGCAGAACAUGGGCCGGCCAACUGUAUUUGAUCACGGUCGUUGUGCCGCCUAUGUCCAGAUCAGCAGUUCUAAACAUCUCAGUGCAGUUGUCAGUCAGCAAUGAAAAACAUCGCUAAGUUUCCAUGGCGUUGCCUUAUGCCCUCA